AUGUCCAACCGGCCCAUCAGCGAUGUCGACACACCCGACCCAUGGAUGGUCGCGGCGCAGGGCCUCUUCUACCUGACCUUCACGCUGGGCGACCGCAUCGAAAUCUGGGCGUCGCGCGAACUCGAGAACUUCCGGGGCUGCCGGAAGGCGACGGCGUGGAAGCCGAGCCCAGGAUCCGCGUGGUCGACGGAGCUCUGGGCGCCCGAGCUGCACUACCUGCGCGGCACGUGGUACGUGUACUUCUGCGCGUCGCAGCCAGGGGUGGGGAACCGGUCGCACCGCACGACGGUGCUGCGGAGCGAGUCGCAGGACCCGAUGGACGGCGCGGCGUGGCGGUUCGUCGGGCCCCUGAAGGGGCUCCCGGACCAUUGGAACAUCGACGCGACGGUGUUCCGGCCAAAUCCGGCGCAUGACCCGGACGGCCUGUACUGCUGCUACUCCGGGUGGCCGCUGGGCGACUCGUCGGACACACAGCAGGAUCUGUUUCUGAUGCGGCUGGUGACGCCGGAGGAGGCGCUGCCCAGCACGCUGACGGUGAUUUCCCGCGCGGAGCUGCCCUGGGAGCGGCCCGACGGCGGGCGCCGCGGCGUCAACGAAGGCCCCACCUGGCUGAGCGUCCCCGGCUGGCAGGGCAUCGUGUACAGCGCCAACGGCUCCUGGACCUGCGACUACAAGCUCGCGCUGUUGCGCUAUACCGGCGGAGAUCCCUGCAGCGAGCGCUCGUGGGAGAAGCGGCCCUCGCCGCUGCUCGAGAGUCAUCGUGGUCGAGGAGGGCCUUAUGGACCGGGCCACGCGUCUUUCCUGCCCUCGCCGUACGUCGGCGAUGCAAGGGUGUUUUGCAUUUACCAUGCCACGGAGCGUCCCGACGACGGCUGGAGAAAUCGCAAGGCGAGGGUCUUGUGUAUGGGCCCGGAGUGGUUCCACCCCAAUGCUAAGGCUGUGUGCUGCGCUGCCGCCCCGCCGCCUUCUGUUGCGCCGAGCGCCGGGCAGUACCCCGGUCAGCACUAUGGCAGCAAUGGGCCGCAAGAGGCUUCUGCUGGCGCGCAGAGUCAACAUCGGCAGAAGAGGAGAAGCCUGGUCGACAAACUCGGUGACAAGGUCAUGCAGAAGCUGGCCGGGCGAUGA